AUGGCGACCACUGUGGCGAGACUCCUGCUCGCGGUGACCAUGGUUUUUCUCCUCGCCGCGCCCGCGGCGAGUGGUGGCACCAUCACCAUGUCGUUCGCCUCGGAGGAGGUCACGUCGGAGGAGGCCCUCCUCUCUUUGUACGAGCGGUGGGCGCAACACUUCGGAAAGGCUCUCCCAAGCGGAGGAGCACUUGGCAGCACCCGCUUCGCCGUCUUCGCGGAGAGUGUCCGGCUCGCGCACCAGCGUGGCCCGGGAAAACUCAAGCUCAACGAGUUCGCUGACACCGCCCUCAAUAACGACCACAACAUCCGCUGCUACAUUCCGAUGGCGCAAGCCGUCGUCCCAGAGGGCCAGCGGAGAAAAUACCCAGAUCCACCGUUGUCCGCGGACUGGCGCUCCGCGGGCGCCGUGACGCCGGUGAUGGAUCAAGGGACGCACUGUGGAAGCUGCUGGGCUUUUGCAACCGCAUCGGCCAUCGAAGGCCUUUACAAGAUCGAGCACGGGGACCUGAUCUCGCUAUCGCCCCAACAGCUCGUAGACUGCGACGGCAGCAACAGGCACUGUGGAGGUGGCACCCCGGCCGAGGCAUUCCAAACCAUUUCACUUGGUGAUGGCAUCUCGCGAUGGGCGGACUAUCCGUACAAAGGUGUUAAGGGCUGGUGCUACCCGGCCCGCAAAGGCGUGGGCAUCAGGGGCUGGGAGCGUGUGGAGCCGCGGGACGAGACGGCGCUCAUGUGGGCGGUGUUCAAGCGCCCCGUCACGGUAGGGGUCGACGCCAACAGCACGGCCUUUAUGCAAUACCGCGGUGGCCUCUUCGACGGGCCCUGCAAUACCACUCUCGGCCACGCCAUGACCCUGGUUGAGUAUGGAACUACCGGACACAGCGACCCUUACGGCGAGCCGGAGGGAGUCGACUAUUGGCUCCUCAAAAAUACCUGGUCCACGGCGUGGGGCGAAGCCGGCUAUAUGCGGCUCCGGCGCGGUGCCGAGGCCAAAGGUGGGGUGUGCGGGGUAAUGCUCGAGGCCACCUAUCCGAUCCAUUCCUAUGCGCUAUUUUAA